AUGAAGGCACGGCUGCGCAACAUCGCUCUACUGCUGUUCACUACGAUAACAGCAGUAGCAGCGAUGGAUGUUACGCUCUCCGAUAAGGAGACGCAAAAGUGCAGCGGCAUGUACAGCAAGAAAUCGUGGGGAGGCAAGGUCGAUCCCUUCAUACUUGUCAAGUUCAUAAAAGAUCCCAAGAAGAACGAGGGCAUCAAGGACCAAACUGUCAGCCUGGUGAUCUGGGAAUGGAAAGACACUUUACUUCUGGGCGCACCUUCCGACUUGCCCGUGAAUGAUGAAAAUCGCCACUACAUUUGCGACGACGAAUCGAUAAAACUGAAACUCUGCGACGAAAAAGAUAAGGGCAAAUGGGUGCUUGCAGAAGACGUCGAAGACGCUUCUCAGAUGCCUAUUCGAACCGACGCCAUCAAUCUCGACGACCCGAAACCGAUCAAAUACCCAGUCUCCACCGCAGAAACAAAGGUCCCAAUCAAGACGGGCUACUAUUGUGUGGCUGCGAAUGCGGCAGACAAAGAACUGGAAUUCGAGGCUAUUGUGACAUUCCGGAAUGCCUAUGGCGAGCUCCAGGCCGCCCAGAUUGCGAAACUCCCAUUUUACGGCGGCAUUACAAUUGUGUACUUUGUUGUGCUGGCAUUCUGGGGCUUCCUAUAUUUCCAGAAUCGCCACGACAUUCUUGCCGUCCAGAACUACAUCACGGCCAUCCUAGUCUUCCUAGUCGUGGAGAUGCUAAUGACCUGGGGCUACUACGACUACCAGAACCGCCACGGUAACAACGUCGGUACCAAAGCUCUCAUGAUCGUCGUCGCUGUACUGAACGCUUUCCGCAACUCCUUCUCGUUCUUCCUCCUGUUGAUCGUAUGCAUGGGAUAUGGCGUUGUCAAGCCUUCUCUUGGCAAGACCAUGACUGUUGUUCGCUGGCUUGCUGUAGCUCACUUCAUCUUUGGCGUAAUUUACGCUGUGGCUUCGCUUACUGUUCGUCCCGAUGAUGCUGGACCUCUGGUCUUGCUAGUCAUCCUUCCUCUGUCGGCUACCCUCACGGCCUUCUACAUCUGGACUCUGAACUCGCUAAACCUCACGAUGAAGGACUUGAUGGAGCGCAAGCAGCACGUCAAGGCUACCAUGUACAAGAGAUUAUGGUGGUGCAUCUUGACAAGCAUCGUCGUUAUCUUUGGUUUCUUCUUCAUCAACAGCUUCACUUUUGCUGGAGCGUCGACACCUGACUUCGCGCCGACCCAUUGGCAAACACGAUGGUUCGUGCUCGAUGGCUGGCUAAAUCUCGUCUACCUGGCCGACGUCUGUUUCGUCGCGUAUAUGUGGAGACCAACGGCCAACAACCGAAGGUUCGCCAUGAGUGAUGAGAUUGCACAAGAUGACGAAGGCUUCGAAAUUGCCUCGAUGAGAGACUCUCUUGAUGAAGAAGAGAGAGGAGCAGACCAACCCCCUUCGUACGACCCAGCGCAGAGGUCGAACAACAACAACAACAUUGCGCGCGAUGUAUCGCCAUUGCCCGCACCGCAAGCCCAGAAGCCCAUUGUACCUCCCAGGGAGAGCCUCGAUGGCGACACCAUCUUCGCGGUAGGCGAGGAUGAUAAGUGGAGCAGUGAAGAAAGUGGCGACGAGGAAGAAAGCGAGGAUGAGGAGGAUGAUUCGGACGACUCGGAUGAUUCAGACGAGUCAGGGCCAUCGAAUUCAAAAGCGAAGGACAGUGAGCGGUCCAGAUUAACUGGUCGAAAGAACGACUAG